CUCCGCCGACCGGCCGUAGUGUGCUGCCGACCGUCAACAGUGAAACGUCGUGCCCGUCGCGCAACCACCAACUCGCACGAUCCACAAACUCACACCAACAACACAACUUAGUUCCUCAUUAUCAGUUCCCGCGGGUGUUUUGGUGUUAUAAGAUUUUUUUGUGAUUUGACUGACCGCUUCUGAAGUGCAGUUUGAGUUUACGUUUGUUUGGAUAUUGGACAAGUGAUUGAAGUGACUGUGCGUGCUAUGCCGCAUCGUGUUUAGCAGCGUUUCGCAGGCGAUGCUCAAAGGAGAGCAUGUGAUGCCGGCCCCUGACGCCCGGCGCGAUGCCCACGCCGCUGCAGCCCGGCGGCCCCGCUAGCGGCCCGCCCCCGGAGCGCAAGCGGCGCCGCAAGCGCGACGACCCGCAGAGUUCCGCCGCCCUCGAGCCCGACGACGACGACGGCGACAUGAGUCCCGAGGAGGAGCCUCGCGCGGUGCCGGCGGCCCCCGCGGCCCCAGCCCCGGCGCCCGCGCCCGCCCCCACCUCCCCGCCCGCCGCGCCCGACGCCGUCGACCUCACCUCGCGCCGCGACUCGCCACCACUCUCCUCCGACGUGGAACGCUUCGAUGGCAAGAUCGUCUACAACCCUGAUGGCUCCGCCUACAUCAUCGAAGACCCUGAUCUCUCUGAGGGCGAGACGAGCCUCUCCGAUCUCCCUAAGAUUGAACCCGGCUGCAUCGUCGACAGCCGCGACAGCAACGCUGUGGAGAGACAACUCGACCUGCCCCAAAUAGCUAGUGCGUUCUAUGUCUCAAGGAAUCCAUCGCUGUACGGUGCUCUUUAUGGGAGGUUGGCCGCUGAACGUGCCCGGACGAGACCUGAUGCACCAGUGAUGCAUAGUUACAGGGUGUUCAGUUUUCGAGGGGGAAAGGACACACCAAGACCCCACUCGCCACCAGCUGAGAGUCCAGUUAGCGUGCCUGUUAAACCGAUUCUUAUGUGUUUUAUAUGUAAAUUGAGUUUUGGUUACGCCAAAUCUUUUGUGGCUCAUGCACAAUCAGACCAUUGCCUAACAUUGCUCGACUCUGAAAAGGAUGCUCUGUCGAGAGAAAAUGCUUCGGCUAUUAUACAAUGUGUUGGAAAGGACAAAGAAGCUCUUGUCUCAUUUUUGGAACCCGUAGGAGCCGCAGCUCCCCCAAGAGCGUCGGCUUCAGGAAGCCCUACAAAUGUUUCAGGAUUAUCAAGUCCAUCCAUAGACAAACGCCCGGAAAUGACAAACUCCAUGGACCGAGAUAUGGACACGAUGAUGUCAAAUGGCACUUGUGAAGAUAGAAGACCGAGCCCUCCCGCGUGGAGACCACCUAGGUCCAUUGCGGAGUCGAUGCUCCCACAACAUUCCUUGAUCUCUGUAGCACAUCCUCAUACAAUAAAUGCAUCAGUGCAGCCACGUGUUAGCCCAAAUUCUUCGCCACCGUUUCAAGCAACACCGCCAGCCUUCUUAUCGGGCACAACGAUAGGAGUCUGCCCUGAUCAUCUUGGAGGGCGGCCGUCUGGAGCUGAUUGCCCAAAAUGUGAACUGAUUCUAAACUCGGGCAGACUAGGCGGCCCACUGGCUGGCAUGCAUAGCAGAAAUUCUUGCAAAACCCUUAAGUGCCCGAAAUGCAAUUGGCACUAUAAAUAUCAGGAGACAUUAGAGAUUCAUAUGAAGGAAAAACAUCCAGAGGCCGAGACUAGUUGCAUUUACUGUAUAGCUGGUCAACCCCAUCCACGACUGGCCCGUGGAGAAACCUAUACCUGUGGCUACAAACCAUACAGAUGUGAAGUGUGCAAUUACUCAACGACGACAAAGGGGAACCUUAGCAUUCAUAUGCAAUCUGAUAAACAUCUGAACAACAUGCAAGAGCUGCAGAAUGGAGGCAACCCUGGAGAAAAUACAAUGCCACCUGCUCCUCAACAUACUCCCCCAGGCGUGCACAAACCCCCACUACCGCAUCACUCUCCCCUGGGACAGAAACCAAAGCCUACGUUUCGGUGUGAUGUGUGCAACUAUGAGACAAAUGUUGCUAGAAAUCUCAGAAUACACAUGACUUCAGAAAAACACACCCACAACAUGCUUGUAUUGCAGCAGAACGUCAAGCAUAUGCAAACUCUUUCAGCUCUACACCACAGGCAACAAAGCCAGCAACAACUAGAAAGUCUAUUACAUUUCCACGGAGGUGAUGCUCCUCCUCAGAAUCCAGAGGCUGCUUUAGCUGAUAUGGCAUACAAUCAAGCAUUAAUGAUCCAACUGAUGACUGGUGGCCCAGGUCCAUCUCCACCGGAACUUGGUGCCCAUUUGGAUGUUGGACUGAACCCAGAAGCUAUGGAGCCACCGCCGGAGCCGGCUGACCCCGAACCAGAAAGAACAUACCACUGCUGCAUCUGCAACUGUUUCUCCACCGACUCAUUAGAAGCGCUUGGUCACCAUUUAGCGCAAGAUCGUACAAAGAUAAGAGAACAGGAGAUCCUGGCGCUGGUCGCAGGACAUUACGUUUGCAAAUUAUGCACGUACAAGACUAACUUGAAGGCGAACUUCCAGUUGCACUGCAAGACUGACAAGCACUUGCAGCGACUGCAGCACGUGAACCACGUGAAGGAAGGAGGUCCAAGGAACGAGUGGAAGCUGAAGUUCUGUGGUGGUGUGGGUACGGGUGGCGCCGGCGUCGGCGGAGUGCAAGUGAGGUGUUGUGCGUGUGAUUACUACACGAACUCUGCUCAUAAGUUGCAACUGCACGCGGCUGGAGCGAGGCACGAGGCGGCGGCGCUGCUGCUGCGGCACGUGCGGGACUGCGCGGCGCGGCUGCCUCGCGAGCGUCCCCGCGUGUACCGCUGUGCGCUGUGCGGCUUUGGAGCCCCACACCGCCUGCCGCUGUUACAGCAUGUGCGCUCCGUCAAGCAUCUUCAGAUGGAGCAGAUCCAUCAGCUGCAGCGGCGCUCGGAGGGCAAGGACCCCACGCCCGACGUCGCCGAGCUCUUCCAAGUCAUCCCUCAGCCGGCUGAGUUGUCGAGCCCGUACGAUCAACAAGAAAAUGAUAAUAAAGAACCAAUCGAUCAGAAACCUGAAUUGACUCAAGAACAGAAGAUGAUGAGAUUCAUUGAACAACAUCAACAACAACAACAGCAACAGCAGCCACAGUCUCAGCAACAAUCUGCAAAUGAAAGAGAUGAAGAGCGCGAGACGCCCGGCCCGCACGCCUGUCCGUACUGCAACUUCAGCUGCAACAAUGAAGCUCGGCUCCACGUGCACGUGGCUUCAACUCACGGGGAGACCGCCCGCCACUUCAUCUGCCCCCUCUGCCAAGACGCGUUUAAGGAUAGAACUGCCCUAGAGCGACACGUCAUGCAAAUACAUUCAGUGAACUCUGAGGGCUUGCAGAGACUGCUGCUACUCGUGGACCAGAGCCACUGGCUCAACGGAGGUGUUCAACAACGAGAUGAAUCUCGCCAAGGUGAGGAGGAACGAGAAAUCUCUUCACCGCGCUCAGAAGGAAGCGCCGACGGUGAAACUGAAAGGUGCAACGCUUGCAACCGCACUUUCCGCAACGUUGAUGAGCUGUGCCAGCACCAAAAUGAAUCUGGACACCUUGAACUGAAACAAACUCCUCAAGGACCUGGAUAUGUCUGCUGGAAGAAAGGCUGCAACCUGUACUUCGACUCAGCCCACGCUCUCCAGAACCACUUCAGGGAGGCUCAUGCGCGUAACUCUACCGCGAACAUGUCAGUGUCUGAGAAGCAUGUUUACAAAUACAGAUGCAAUCAAUGCAGCCUUGCUUUCAAGACCAUAGAAAAGCUUCAACUUCAUUCACAAUAUCACGUAAUCCGAGAUGCUACUAAAUGCGUCUUGUGUGGCCGCAGCUUCCGGUCUGUGCUUGCCCUACAAAAGCAUGUUGAAACUUCACACUCUGAGUUGACUGAAGAGGAAUUGGCAGCAUUCAAGAGAAGUCUGGCCUCAAAUCCCCUCCUUCAAGGGGCACAAGGCACUGCCCUCGAUGCUUCAACUGCUGAACUUUUACGCAAAGAAGCCUUGAGAAGCCCUGAUGAUGAAAUGGGUGAAAUAGAAGAUAGAGACUCGAGUGCUACUGCAGCAGACGAAUCAGGUCAUAAUGAUGCUGAAAACUCAGAUGAUUCCAUCAUUUACAAAGAUCAACAGUUCCUAGAAGACUACCUGAACUCUCAAGCCAUGGCUGAAGACUCAUACAAUGAUCCUAACAGGAAAUACAAGUGUCACCGAUGCAAAGUAGCAUUUACUCGCCAAUCUUAUCUGACAGCGCACAAUAAGACACUUCUGCACAGGAAAGGUGAGAAACUUACAUACCCGAUGGAGAAAUACCUUGACCCUAACCGACCCUUCAAAUGUGACGUAUGCAAAGAGUCGUUCACACAAAAGAAUAUUUUGCUUGUGCAUUACAAUAGCGUUAGCCACUUGCACAAGUUGAAGCGAGCUAUGCAGGAGCAGCAAAAUAACAACAACGCGCCCGUGUCGCCGGGAGCCGGAUCUGCGCCUUCUAAUUUGACUCUCACACCAAAGAGUACGUCAAGCGAAGAAGAUGACCGUAAAAGAUACAAGUGCAACAUCUGCAAAGUAGCCUAUACUCAGGGCAGCACCCUCGACAUUCACAUGAGAUCCGUGCUACACCAGACGCGCGCCGGUAAGUUGCAAGAACUAGCCGCAGCCGGACACGUGGACUUAUCGCGACCUUUAGUAGAGCAACCGGACAGAAACGACCCCGCCAAAAUCUUACAAGACGUGUUGUCGCCGAAAAAUACAUCCCCUUCGUCGACGAGCAGCGGGGGGCCGCGCUCGUCGCCCCCCGCGCGCCCCGCCACCCCCCGCUCCCCGCGCGCAGGUAGCGCCGCCUGCGAGCGCUGCCACGCGGCAUUCCCGUCCGCGGAGCUCCUCGACGCGCACCGACUCACUUCUUGCCCAUUUGGCGAUGCGCGGGCGCAUUCGCCUCUAGGUGACGUAGACGCAGCCGCGUUAGACGAAAUGGUCGCGAAGGGAAACCCGCCCAAAAGAAACUCACAAAUGUAUAAACAAUUGCUAGAAACCUUCGGCUUCGACCUCGUCAUGCAAUACAAUGAAAACCAGCGGAGGAAAAUGCAAGAAGAACGUGCGCGGGCGCCGAGCCCUCCGCCGCCGCCGCCGGAGGAGAAGCCUCCGGACAGUGAGAGCAAGUCGACGUGCCAGCAUUGCAACAAGGAGUUCUCAAGUGUGUUUGUGCUAAAGACGCACUGUGAAGAAGUGCACAAAGAUAAAGUGCCGUUGGAGUUCCUGGAGCAGUUCGCCGAGCAGUUCAAGUCGGAGUACGAGAGGAAGUCAGGUGCGCCGAACUCGCCGCGUGCGGGGUCGCCGGCGCCGCAGGGCGACCGGUCGCCGUCGCCGCGCGGGGAGGGCGCCGGGAGUGCGAACGACAGCGCGAGCCAAGGCGAGGCGCAGGCGGGCGCGCUGCUGGCGGCCCAAGUGCAGGAGAUGCAGGCGGCGCUGAACAUGCUGCAACUGCAGCAGCAGCUGGGUCAGCUGCACCCGAUGGUGGCGCAGAUGCUGUCGCUGGGCCUGCCGCUGGGGCUCAACAUGGGCGCGCUGGCCGCCAUGAACCUGCAGCCGCCGCUGGUGCCGCUCAUGCUGCCGCCGCCGCCCUUCGACUCCAUGAACUUCGCGCACGACGCGCAGAUGAAACAGCAACAGAUGCUGCAGCAGCAGCAACAGGCUAAUGCCGCUGGACAGAAGAGGGCCCGUACUCGUAUUACUGAUGAUCAAUUGAAGAUCCUGCGUGCACACUUCGAUAUCAACAACUCUCCAAGUGACGAAGCUAUCGCAAAGAUGGCCAAGCAGUCUGGACUUGCCACUAAAGUCAUCAAGCACUGGUUCCGCAACACCUUAUUCAAAGAACGCCAACGCAACAAAGACUCUCCAUACAACUUCAACAACCCUCCAUCCACUACCCUCAACCUUGAGGAGUAUGAGAAGACAGGUGAGGCCAAGGUCACAACACUCGACUCUUCGGCUAGCUCUGAUGAAGGUAAGCCACCGCCAGAAAAGAAAGUAAAGUUAGAAGAAUCUAUUAACAUGACUCUCAACCAACAAGAAGUCAAGUCUGAGCCAUGUGAUGAGCCCACCAUGGAAGAUAAAUACAACUCAUAUGAUAAUGGACAUCAGGAGGAUAAAAGUUUCAUCUUUCCUCAACUUCCAUCUCAAAGCCCUGCGCCAUCGAUGGUGUCAAAUCCCGACCACCAUCAGAGUAUCUCGAGGCCGCAGACUCCAACACACAUGUCACUCAACUCACUGAUACAAUCGCAGCUAGACUCGAUCCCGGCGACGACGAUACCGCAGCCGCCUCAUCCAUCAAUGUUGCCACCAAAAAUCAACCCAAACUUCACGUCCCCAAACUCCAUGCCCCCGAACGUCCUACCUCUGACCCCAAAUCGCAGCCUGAGUCCUGGCAGGGGACCGGCCGAUUACGGACUUUCUGGGGGCAACUCGAACGGAUCCAACAGCUCGGGGUCUUCAGGCAAACGCGCCAACAGAACUAGAUUCACUGACUAUCAGAUUAAAGUGCUACAAGAGUUCUUUGAAAACAAUGCAUAUCCUAAAGAUGACGAUCUUGAAUACUUAUCGAAACUAUUGGGACUGAGUCCGAGAGUUAUUGUUGUUUGGUUUCAAAAUGCUCGACAGAAGGCAAGGAAAGUUUAUGAAAACCAACCAGCAGCUGAACCGCCAGCAGGAGCCACAGACGAUGCCAACAGGUUCCAGCGGACACCAGGUCUGAACUACCAGUGUAAGAAAUGCCAACUGGUGUUCCAAAGAUACUACGAGCUGAUCAGACACCAGAAGACGCAUUGUUUUAAGGAGGAGGAUGCGAAGCGUUCUGCACAAGCCCAAGCUGCAGCGGCCCAAGUAGCGGCGACAUUGAGUAGCGAAGACUCGAACUCGAGCACGGUGGAGCACCACGCGUCGCACGUGGCCGUGUCCCCCGCGCCGCCCCGCACCCCCACCCCCGCGGCCCCCAGUUACCCCGUGUCCCCGGCGCCUCAGACGCCUCACACGCCAGUAACACCGCUUGCGCAUCCUCCACGCGAUGAUAAAGAUGGCAAUUUCCAAUGCGAUAAAUGUAAUCUUGUCUUCCCACGAUUUGACCUCUGGCGAGAACAUCAGCUAGUACACAUCAUGAACCCGAACCUUUUUCCGACCUACCCCCCGGAUUCCCCUUUUGGGAUCUUGCAGCAGCAUGCUCAGCUGCAGCAGCUGAACGCUUCUUUAGGAAAUGAUGACGCACGUCACCCUUUAGUAGCCGCGCUGAGCCAACAAGCAGCUAAACGGAAAUUUGAUGAAUUCGAAGAAAUAGAUACGGGGGAACAACCUAAAGACAAACGACUAAGAACCACUAUCUUGCCCGAACAACUGGAUUACCUCUACCAAAAGUACCAAAUUGAAUCAAAUCCUUCUAGAAAAAUGCUUGAGAAUAUUGCAAGAGAAGUAGGAUUGAAGAAAAGAGUCGUACAAGUUUGGUUUCAAAAUACACGAGCACGUGAGAGGAAAGGACAGUUUCGCGCGCACGCGCAGGUUAUAAACAAAAGAUGUCCGUUUUGUCCAGCCUUGUUCAAAGUGAAGAGUGCGCUGGAGAGUCACCUCAGUACCAAGCACGCCGACCAGUGUGCCCGCGGCGAAAUAAACGUUGAUACUCUACCGGAUGAAGAACUGAGUACUGAAUCAACCCCGAGCUUCGGCUCUCAACAAAGUGACAGGCAGCAGAAUUUUUCGCAAGCGGGGGCUCCCAUGUUGCCCCCUAUUUUUCCACCCUUUCACUCAGACAUGGAGAAGUUUAUCAAGCAGUACAGUGAGGAGUCAAUGAAGCGCUACGUAAACGACUUACAAGCGCAGGCGCAGGCUCAAGCCGCCGCACAACAGAAUGGCGGCAACGACACGUCUGAAAGACGCAAUGAACAUGGAGGAAAACCAGAUCAAGCUUUAGAUCUCAGCAAACCUGUUGAUUUAUCUCGACCCGGAUCAGAUGCAGACGAAAGAUCAGAAACUUCGGAAACUAUGGAGUUUUACGAGGAGGACGAACCUAAUUCGCCGGCCGGCCACCCUAACAACCGGCAGCCCGGCAAGCGCUUCCGAACUCAGAUGUCAUCCCUACAAGUAAAAAUCAUGAAGGCCCUCUUCACCGACUACAAAACGCCUACAAUGGCCGAAUGUGAAGCGCUAGGGCGCGAGAUAGGGCUGCCGAAACGCGUAGUGCAAGUGUGGUUCCAGAACGCGCGCGCCAAGGAGAAGAAGGCGCGGCUCGCGGCGGGGCUGUCCGAGGUGUCGGACGUGCCGCCGCCCGACGAGUGCCGCGUGUGCGACUUCAAGUACAGCCACAAGUACUCGGUGCAGGACCACGUGUUCACGCGCGGGCACAUCGCGGCCGUGCGCGCGCGGCUGGAGGGCGGCGCGGCGGGUGACGACGGCGCGCUGGCCCUCAUGCAGAUGGCGGCGCGGCUGGACCUGCCCGGCGCCGACCUGCACGCCUCCUUCCUACGCCCGCAGCUCGCCCCCAACGGUGAGUGCACGACCUGAGCCGGCCCGCCCGGCGUUGGCCCAGCUCGACCUACUGCCAAGAGUCUCGCUCGUCUCGUAGCCUAGUUCUCAAUUCAGCUAUUGAUGUGGCAGAAGACACGAGCGAAGCUCCACUCGUGCCGUGACGGUCGUUAACCUGUUUCCUAGUUAGUGAGUCCUCUUGUAAAUAUCGUUUCAAAGUUAGAAUCAUAUCUCUAAGCAAUGUUGGUCUUUCAUUUGAAAUUGCGGCCCAAAACUAAUAAGUUAAAAGAAAUCUAUUGUAUCGAAAUAAUUGCUUACUAUACCGAGCCGUAAAAAAAUCAAUUCUGACACGAUUGUGAACUUAAUAGUGGCACGUUCGUACCGAUUCAAUCUCAGAAAAUAUUUUAUAAUUCAAAUAAUUACCGGCUAUCUUCUCCGCUUCCAGCGGGCUUCAUGACCGAAACAGUAAAAAAUCAUUUCUCGAUUUUCACGCCCGUGAUAGUAUAAUUUUAAUGCAGCGUGGAAUGGGCUAGCUCACUGCGCUGCGGGUGCCGCUUGUGCGUGCAAAAUGCUGGUUGAGAGAUGGUUCCCGUUGAUGCGUCGUGCUCAUAGACCUGUCCUCGGUCCCGGCUGUGGCGGCUGUGAGUUAGUGUCGACUGCUCGUCAGCUGUCACUCCGGAGGCGGGCCUGGACGGUGGGCGGCCCGCUCUAUGCAGCCAGUAUUCAAAUGCAAACGAAACUAAACAAUGGUAGGACGCGUGAAGGACGACGUAUAUCUAAUGGGACCGAUCUCGCGCACAUGCAUUUCGCUCCACAUGAAUAAUCAAUUAUUUAAAUGCCGCCAAUCAGAAGAGAAAUUCUCUGGAAUUGUACGUCAAUGUCCAUUGUUUCUCUUAUUUCUUUUAUUAACUUAUUGAUUUAUGCUUCGUAUUGAAAACCAACAUCGCCUAGCGAUAUGGACUAGUAAUCUGUUGCAUAAUAUUAUUCUUCCUAGUUGUUCAUAAUAUUUAAAGUCCUAUUAAGUAUUGCAGAGACUUCUCGAUUGUUGUAGGGUUAUUGAGGAAACCAAAUUUAUAUAUUUUAGAGAAUUUAAUGCGAUUUAGUUUUUAUGUAAAGUCAUAGCGAAGCCUGAAUUCUAUAUUACUAUUUAAAUAAGGUGCCUUUUAGGAUCCAAGUGUUAUGUAUGUAAAUUAUUAUUUGUCAGAGCUCCACUGUAAAUAAGUUCAACGUGUAAAAGUAUACUACUAGGUUUAACAUAACAUAAUAGUAAGCUGUAAAAUUGUCGCCGACCACUGUUCGAAAUAUUACGAUAGUUUAGCGAUAUCCAUGUAGAGAUACAGUUGACUGUUUCGUAGAGGCAUCUUAAGGAACUUGUGAUAUAACUAUAUAUAAUGUGGUAGUGUACGUUGCAUAUCAUUGCACGGGGCUCGCGUCAAGAGACGAGGGCUCCGGGAGGCAAAAAUAUAUACAGACAUAACAGUAGAAAAGUUGUCGUUUUUACAUAAUAAUGAGUGGGUUUAAGUUUCGUGUGGGGUCCGGGUGCGCGUUUUUGCUAUUCUCCCGAUUGCAUUUACAUAAGAGUGGUUAGAAUUUAGGGAGUAAGGCGAUAUGCAAAUAUUUUCUUGAAUUUAGAAUGAUUUAUGCGCGUAGCUCGUGCCUCUGUGCGCGUGCGCACCGGGGCGCCGCCGCCCCGCGCGCUCCUAUCGCGCACGUGGAAACAACCCCCCAUACUCGAAAUACCGUCGCUGUCUUGAAAAUUCACUUACCUCCCAAACAAUAUUAUGUCGCUUCAACCGUCACUUUUUAUUUGCAUAUCGCAUUUUGUUAUUUUUCUUUUGUUUUUUAUUGUUGUGUUUGUAUUUAUUUUUGUUUCUUAGUUGUAUUUUUUUGUUUGAAUUGUGUACCUAUGUAUGUAUAAGGUAGCUGACAGUAUACCUUGUGGUAGCUUGAUAUUGAUUUGCCUCCAAUACGACUUCCAAUAAUUUUAAUUUAUUAGUAUUUAACUUUAUGGAAAUAACGUGUGAUCAGUGUUUACUGUUAUUUUAAAGUAUAAGUGUCAAUAAAUAUUGAUUCACAAAGUCCAGUGCCAGCCAGUGAAACAAUCUUUUGGUUAAUAAUUAAGGCGGCUGUAACGGUCGUAGAAAGAUUUGAGAAUCUUCUAAACUGAAUAGUAUUAUUAUAUUAUUAUCUACAGUUAUUAUAUUUUCCUAAAUUCGUUGAAAUAAAUGCAAUAUUUAUAUUAUUGAA